AACUUUUGUACAUUAGACACGCCCUGUUUUUGUUUGAACUUGAUGUAAAAGUGCUAAACAAUACAAAAUUAGCUUAAUUAGCAUUAGCUAAUAAAAUGGCUAAUGAUCGGGAGAUCCUCAGAGAAGUAUGGGAGGGAAAACUACCGGUUUGUUUCAAACUAAACCCGGACGAAGUCGUCGAUCUACAACAACCGGAUCCGUUUUACUUAAUGGUUCCUAGAUUGAGUUACUUCCCUUUAGUUACAGAUAAAGUUCGCAAACAUUUUAUUAAAUAUGUAUCCUCCGACAAGGUUGAACAUGAAAUGUGGUUAGAGUACAAUGGCCAACCUAUGAAAUGGCAUUUUCCCAUUGGUGUUUUAUACGAUUCUCUGGUCGAUCGUGAAAAUGACUCCCUUCCCUGGGUGAUCACUGUGCAUUUUGAUAAAUUUCCUGAAACUCAAAUUUAUAGAUUCAAUAACAAGGAAACUGUGGAGUCUUACUUUAUGGCUUGCUUAAAAGAAGCCGAUGUGUUAAAGCAUAGAGGUCAAAUAGCGACGAAUAUGCAAAAAAAAGACCACAAUCAAUUGUGGUUGGGCCUUCAAAAUGACAAAUUUGACCAGUUUUGGGCAGUAAAUAGGAAACUAAUGGAGUUUUCUGGGGAGACUGAUCAUUUCAAACACAUUCCCUUUAGGUGUUACAUCGAUGACGGUUAUAGGCAGAAACUGGUUAAACCCGUAACGGAUGAUGGCAGAAAAAAAACGCUUAGGGACUUAUUGACUGAACUGUUUCCAGAUAAAAGUGAUGUUACAGUGAAAAUUCAUGGAAUGAUACCGCCGAUGGACACCCCAUUGCAGUGGAUGUCCGAGCACCUCAGCUAUCCCGACAAUUUCUUGCAUUUAUGUAUAGUUUAGUGAUAUAUAUUAUAUAAAUAAAAGUGCUCCAGUGCUCUCCUAAUGGAUCUUAUAUGAAAUUAGUAUAAAAUACUUUGUAGGUUUAAUUAAUAUGCACAAAGUAAACAAAAAAAAAACAUUUUUUUGCUUUAUAGUGCUUUUUUGUGAUAAAUUAUUUGUAAUUUUAAUGUAUUUUGUAUAACGUGUAAAAGUAUAUUCAUUAUUAGCCUUGUCGCUAAAUAAAUAAUAGUUUUU